UAGUAAAUAAAAGGAGAUGCCGCCGGUCGCUAAAUCCGUGGGUGCCGCCGCCGCCGUCGAGCAGGAGGCGAAAAACGACGUGCCGCUCAAUCCGUCCGGCAAGAUAAGAAAAGCAGCGCCGGACACAUCCAGCCAGAGGGUCAAGCUGCGAAACUGGCUGAAAACGUCCGAAGACUGGGCGAGAUUUCGAGCUUGGGCCAAGAUCAACGCGAAGCCGAAAAAAUGCCCCGAACCCGAGCCAAUCAUCCGACCAGCCGUACCGAUAACUCAACUGAAGCCUCGAAUCGUCAGUCUGGCGCGUCCUCGCAAGGGGCCGAAUCAGCACUGCAUCGCUCGGGCCAUCGCCCAGGCCGCCCUCAAAGCCAAAGCGAGUCGUCGGCUCAAGUGGCUCGCGGUGCCUCGCAUCAAGAUCAGCAAAGGCUGCAAAAAAUUGGGCGGCGUGAAGCCCAAGGCGCUCGAGUACGAGCCCACGGAGCGAAUACUCGAUCUGAGCAAGCCGAAAUUGAGGCCGUCCGAGGGUUGCAGGGAGGAGGUAGAAAGAUGCUACGACGACGAGGCUCCACCGCUGUCGGAAUGGAUGGAAUUUUUGGCUCUGCCCGAUUACCGGAAGCUGAUGUGCCAAGACUCGGACUGCGCCGCGGAGAUGAAGCAGAAAAUCUUGGACGCUCUGAAGAAUCACGGCAGACAGGCGCUCAAGGAGCAGAGGAAGAGACGCGCCGAGGAGAGACGCAAGGCCGAGGAGCUGAGAAGGAAGUUGGAGGAGGAGGCCAGACUGAAGGCCGAGGCCGAGGCCCAAGCGGCCGGUGGGGCGAGCAAGAAGGCUGGAAACCGAUGCGAGGACAAGUCGAAGGAUCAGAAGCCGAAAUGCGUCGGGGUGGAGGAGAUGCAGAGUCCGGACGCUGGCGCCGGUGGCGGUGGAUUGUGCAGCAGAAAUCAAGACGGUGCCAUGACGUGCAGCAGAAAAGAGCCGGUCUGCGAGAAAAAGACAAUGAAUCCAAAGCCCAAAGAGGCUGGAGCAGCCGCGGAUCCCACGUGUCCGCUCGUGCGCAACGAGGCCGGCGAGAAAGCCGAAAAGUGCAAGGAGAUGAAGAGGAGGCUGAUGGAGUCGGCGGAGCAGCAGCAGGCGGCUCAAGGAGACGAAAUCGGCGCGGCCUGCGACAGACUCGGCGCGGGGAAAGGCGGCAAAGGAGGUGCCAACGGAGAGGACGGCAGCGGCGGCAAGAAAGAGUGCCUGAAUCUCAAGUGGAAGAAGAAGAUCAAGUCGCUGCCGGAUCCGCCGGUCAUCGACGAGGAGUACCGCGAGAAGAGAUUCUGGGAGAAGAACGCCUGGCGCUUCGAGGACACGUGCAAGAUGUGCACCGAGUUCCCGAGGACGAUCAGCAAGGCGGCUCUGGCCUAUCAAGCCACCGAGGACAUCAAUCGAAUGGCCCAGCCCAAGGAGUACCCGGACUCGGACUGUCGCGAUCCUUACAAGAUCAAGGAGGCGGCCCUCAAGGCCUGCUCGACGCCGGACAUCGAGCGCAUGGCCAGGCCCAAGGAGUAUCCGGCCGCCGACUGCCGAGAUCCCUACACGAUCCCGGAGUCGGCUCUGAACGCCCCCACGACGCCGCUGUACGAGAGACUGGCCAUACCCAAGUAUCAGUGCGAGCCCGUGGAGAGAUACCCGCCGCCGAGGGAGACGGACGAGUACGGACGAUAUCUGUUUCCGAAACCGUGUUACGGUAGAAAUUUGCCACCGAGACGACCUCUACCACCCGAGCCCUGCCCCAAGUGUUGGCGUAAGAAGGACCAGGAGGAAGCGGAAAGGAGGGAGAACGAAGAAAAUGACGAGGCCGACGCCGCUGCUGCCGAUGCAGCUUCUACCGCUCCUUCGAAGAAAGGGGCGAAGGGGGCGGCCGAAGCCCAAGCCGAAGCUCCAGCCGAUGACGAGGCUGCGUCGUCCAAGUCGCAGGAGUGCAAGAAAGAGAAGAAGACGGUGUGCAAGCCCAUCGCUAAAAUAGCUUUCGAGAAUACGAUAGAUCCGGCGCUGGAUCCGAUCGGUGCCAAACGACAACGCCUAGAGAGAAAGCGGUGGAAGGAGCUCGUGGAGGAGGAGAAGAAGCGGAAGGAGGCCGAGACUCGGGCGGCCAAAGAGGCCGAGAUGGCCGCGGAAGAACAACCCGACGGUGCGGCAAAAGACGACGCAAAGGAUGCGAAGGAAGAGAAGGCUGGAAAGAACGCGAAGGACGAUAAGAGCAAGAAGGACGAAAAGGAGCCUAAGGGUGGAAAGGACGACAAGGCGUCGAAAAAAGAAAAAAAAGAUUAAUCUAAGUACGAUAAAAAAC